AUGCACUCAUUACUUAGUUAUAGAUUCAAAUAAUUAAUAGACCAUUUGUAAAAGACUUAUUAUUAACAAUACAUCUUAUUUUAUUUAUAGGUAUAAAUCAUAUUUAUCAAUUGAUUUUUAAAGUAUUAACUAAAUGAUGGUUAAUUUCAACCUGUUGAUUUUCUUUAAUAUUAGACAUCAGAUGCUAAAGGAAGAUAAUUAUAAAUGUUGAUCCAUAAUGACUUAAGUCAUCAAAUAAGAUAAGAUAUUUAUGGAAAUAGCAAAUUAAUUGUUCCUAUCUAAUCUUUACCAAGUUAUUUAUUUUAGGAAUUAACAAGUCCCUUCUAUAUAUUAUAAUAUUUCUCUGUUUUAUUAUGGAUUAUUGAAGGUAUCAUUAUUAUAUCAUUUGCUUAGGAUUCCUUCUUUUUUCUAUCGUCUUAAUAUCCUUUUCUUUUUUGGCUUGUUUUAUUAAUUAUUUUCUAAUGAGAAAAUCUCGAAUAUCACUAUAAUAAUUAUCUAAUUUCAAAUAAAAUGUUAAAUUAAUUAAUAAUAAUAUAAUCGAUGGAAAUUAAUUACUAGUAGGAGAUUAAUUCUAUAUUGAAGACCAUCUUCAACUUAAUUGUGAUUACUUAUUAAUUCAAGGAGAUGUCAUGGUUAAUGAAUCUACCUUGACUGGAGAAGCAAUACCUAUACCAAAAUAAACUAUUAAAUAAUUAUAAAAAGAUAUAUAUCAAUAUACCAUAUUUGGAGGUACUAAAGUAAUAAAGAUAUCUCAGUAUCAAAAUAAUAUUGGAUUAGUAAUUAGAACUGGAUAUUCUUCAAUGAGAGGAUAAUAUUUUAGAAAUGUUUUAUUUCCUCCACUUCCAUCAAGAAUAUUUUAUAAAUAAGCAUCCAAAUUUUUAAUUAUUUUAGGUCUAAUAUUACUUUCUAUUUACACUAUUUUACUUAUUGUAAGAUUUUAAUAUAUGAAUUAUUCUAUAAAACUCAUAAUAGUUAGAUAUCUUGAUGCUAUUACUUGGAUUAUUCCACCUGCUUUACCUAUUUUUUUUUCAUUAAAUUAGGCUAUAUCUUUAAUAAAAUUACAAUAUUUAGAUAUUAUAGGAUCAAAUCCUAUAAAAACAGAGGAUUCAGGUAAAAUUGAAACAAUAUGCUUUGAUAAAACUGGAACACUCUCUACAUUAGGAUUAUAAGCAUAUGAUUAUUUUCCACAUCAAGAUUCUUUAUUAGAUAUCAUGGCAUGCUGUCAUCAUUUAACUAUUAUUAAUUAAGAACUAAAUGGAGAUCCAUUAGAAUUAGAAAUAUUUAAAUUAACUGAUUGGAACAUCAAUUUUGAAAACUAAAAAUACUUUUAAAUCUACAAAAAUUAAAAAUCUUUUUAAGUAAUAAAAAUAUUUGAAUUCAAUUCGCAUCUCUAAAGAAUGAGUGUAAUUGCUUUAGAUGAAAAAUAAAAUUAAUAUUACUUAUUUGUUAAGGGAUCACCUGAAAAAAUAAUUGAAUUAUCAAAUAAGUAAUAUGAUUAUUCUAUUUUUUAAUAUCUUUAAAAAACAACUUAUGAAGGUUUAAGAGUUAUUGGUUUAGCUUAAAAAGAAUUAAGCUUUGAUUAAAUUGAGCAGGAUAGGGUUGUUUUGGAAAAUUAAUUAAAUUUUUGUGGUUUAGUUACUUUAAAAAAUAAUCUAAAAUGUGAUACAUCUUAAGUUAUAGAAGAGUUAUAAUCAUCCAACUUAGAUUUAAGAAUAAUCUCUGGGGAUAAUCCUUUGACUACAGUGCAUUGUGCUUAUGAAUCAAAAUUAAUUAAGAAUAAAUAAAAUACUUUAAUCUUGGAUUAUGAUAAUGAAAAAGAAUUACUUCUCUUAUAAGACCUUAGUUAAUAAGCUUAGAGUAAAUCAUUAGUAGACCCUAAAUUGGGAUCUUAAUUUAACUUCAUAAUGACUUAAUUAGAAUUAAUCUUAUAAAAAGAUUGUAACUUUGCAAUAACAGGUAAUUUAUGGGGAUUUCUAAUGUAGAAUAAGGUAAAUGAUAUUUAAUUGAAUUAAUCAGUUGAUUAAACUUAAUAUAAAUAAUUAAGAUAAAUAGAAGAAAUAGAUAUGAAAUUGAUUGAUUGUUUAAAUAAUUUAAUGAGAAAAGUAAAAAUAUUUACAAGAAUGAAACCUUAUUAAAAAAAAGAGAUUGUUUAGUAUUUGUAGAAUUAAUUAAAUAAAAAUGUAAUGAUGGUUGGAGAUGGUGCCAAUGAUUGUGUAAUUAAUAUUUAUAAUUUAGUCAGCUAUUGCUGAAGCAUUAGUUGGUGUUUCAUUCAAUUCAAGUGAUGCAUCCUACACAUCUCCUUUUAGUUCUAAAAAAGAUUCAAUUGAAUGUGUCAAACAUAUCUUAUUAUAAGGUAGGGCUACUAAAAGUAUUAUAAUAGAAAUAUUUUAAUAUUAUAUAUUAAUUAGUGUACUUAAAUUCAUUGGAACUACUAUUUUAUAAUUCUAAGGCAUGAAUUUUGGGGAUUUUUAAUACAUUUACAUGAACUACUUGUCAAGCAUCCCAGUUUUAAUCUUUUUAACUUUAUCUGUAAAAGAGAAUCAAUUAAUUAAUGCUAUUCCUAAUGAUGAUAUUUUCUCUAUUAAUAAUUAGUUGUAGUUUUAUAACAUCUCUAUUUUAACUUCACUUAGUUGUUUAAUUAUAUUCCUAAUUGUUGUUGAUUAUUCUGAAGCACCAUCAUUACCUAAUCCUAUUGAAUCUUAUUUAAAAGAAGGUCCAUUAAAUUCAAUUAUGAUGCUAGUAAAUUAAUUUUACAACAUGACCAUUUGUAUAAUUCUCUAUUAAUCAAGCCCUUUUAAAAGUAUAUAUCAUUUUCAUCUAGAACCUAUUUAUUUUAAUUAUUCAUUGAUAUCAUGGAUUAUUUUAUGUUUAAUCAUAGCAAGCAUUGCAACUUUCAACAAUUCCACAAGAUCUUGGCUUUUAAUUGUUGAUAUAGAAGAGGAAAUGUAAUUAAAUCUUAAUCCUUUUAGUUUCGAGCAUAUAGACAUAUUAGUGUUUUUUAUUAUUAUCUUUACAAGUGCCUUAUGUUAUUUCAUUUAAUAAAUUUUAAAAUUGAAAUUUCCAUUAAUAAAAUCUAUUUAAAAAUGA